UCUAGACUGUGCAGUCCUUUAAAUUCUGUCUUAUUUAGACUUAUAAUCUUGGGGGGAAGGAUUUUUUUUAGAUGACCGAUGCAUUCAAAUUGUAUGAAUUGCAGUGAAGACAGGAGAGAAUCUAACUCUUUGCGUUUUUUGUUUGUUUUAACUUAAACAUCAGGAACAAAGUUCUUCAUACAGAUCAUGAGCCACAAGGGUUGAUAUUUUUAGGAGGAGAGUGACACUCAGAGACUGGCUCAAAGCGUUCUCCAACAAACCUUCAGUUCUUUCAGCAUCAGUCAAAUGGAUUUAGAAGGCAACUAUGUUGAUGCUUUGGAUCCAGAGAGGUUAAUACAAUGUCCCUAUGAUAAAUAUCAUCAAAUCAGGGCCUGUCGGUUUCCCUAUCAUCUUAUAAAGUGCAGGAAGAACCACCCUGAAAUUGCAAAGCAGCUAGCCACAUGCCCCUUUAAUGCCCGCCAUCAGGUUCCCAGAGCUGAGAUCAGCCGUCAUAUAUCAAGCUGUGAUGACAAAAGCUUCAUUGAGGAGCACAUUGUGAGUCAGUCAAAUAACUGCCAGGGAGAGAAGAUGAACAUUGUCAGCAUGUGGCAGCCGCCCCCAUGUGACGAAGAUUGGGAUAGAGAUCUACAGGAGCAAUCAAAUUCUACUUUCGUUUGGGGCACGUUCAGUAGUGGCGUAAACAGCCCUGGGUCCAGCGUAGUAAUGGAACAAAAGAGUAACCUAAUGUCAGGCAUGAGAGCACCCAAGUCCUUGCCGUAUAGCCUAUCCUGGAAAAGCAGAGCCGGUAACUGAAGACCAGAGAAGAGGCUGCUAUUGAGUGCUCAUCAUCUGUUUCCUUUAGAAAUGUGAGGUGCUGGUUAGGAGACUCAGACUUAUAAAUUCCCUCUGUGUUGGCUAAGCACUCGCAGCCCUAACCUUCCUGCAGAACUGUCCUUCAUGUAUCGACUGCUGUCCUGAAAUUAUCCCGACCAAGGUAAUUAGACAGAAUGCUGUUAACCCUUGAUAUCAGAGAUCAGACCCUCAAAAACUAACUCCACACACGCUGAUGCCAAGGAGCUAGCAGAGUUCAAACUGUCUGGAUCAGCAUGCUCUACAAGUUACCUCCUGUAGGGGGUUUGCGUAAAUCAUUGCUCAAGCCCUGCAUGUCUUUGGAUUUAAAUGUGUUGCAGCUGUUUACCACUGCAUGGUGCUGAUGGUACGUCCCUCUCAUAGGGAUUGCUGUGCCAGGUCAGACCAUUGGUCCAUGUGAGCCCACACUGGGGGUAAGCUCUCGGUGGUGCAUCUCUCCCCGAUGGGGAGUUAGGCACCUGAAUGUUUGGUUCCCUCUGUUUCCCUCCAGAGACCUUAAAUGUGUUUGUGUGUCCCAGGGUCAGAUCAGCUGCAGCUCUAAGGCCUGCCUGUUAUGCGCACCCACCUAGAUGUGAAAAAGGAGCUGCCAUUCAGACUGUAGAUGGUGUAUGGGGGAGUCAAAGCAAAAAGUCUUUAAAACAAAAUAUUCUCAUUGCUGUUUAGAUUAGGCCUAAAAGUUCAUCUGUAAGGGAGCUGGGAUGGGGGAUUCUGCUGAAAAGUGGCUGCCUUAUCAAUAAAACAGUUGCACUGUGCCCUCCCACCGUGGCAGCCCUAACACCACACUUCUCAUAUGUGAUGCCCAGUGCAUGCUGCUGCUUGAGCACCUCUGGCCUGGUGCCCCUCUCUAGUCUCGCUCAGACUCUCUUGGGCUGUGGGGACUUGCAAAUGAUUUUUGUACUCCGUCACAGGGAGUGCCAUUUAGUUCUGAGCAGGGGCAUGUGUGGGUGUCCUUGUGCUUCAUGGAGAAGGUGAGGGAACGUUAAUUGUUGUAAGGACAGGGCUGGGGUGGCAGGAACGUUACGCAUCCUGGAACAUCCCCCCAGUCUAACACCUGGUGUCACGUGAUCUGGAUAACAUUAAAGCGUGAGACUAUCCAGCCAGAUCCUGGUCUGUAGCUCUGUCCCAUCUGUGUCUGUCCAGCAGAGCAAAGGGAACAGAGGGCAGCCAGGAAUUUCCCUGACAUCAAGCUGGCAUAACGAGUUUCAUGCUACCUGCUCCCUUCUCCUGGGGCAGAGAAGUGCUGGAGUGGGCCUCCCUAAAGCAUCAGACACUCCAGCCAUUCUUGGCCCAAAGAGCAGUCUUGGGAGAACUGUGGUAGUCAGCAUAGUUUCAAGUAGUCCUUAGCUUACAUUAAUUACACUAGAAGAUAUUUCUAUCCCCGGCUGGCUCCAGCAUCUGCAUGUCAGCCAGACAUAGGAUCUGGCCAUCACAUUCUAGUCAAACCUGUCUUGUCCUGUUCCCCUCCACCACACAAAAGAGAAGAUUUGAUAUUCUGAGUAAAGAGCAAAGGCCCCUCCUUGCUCUUAGCCUAGCAUCACUGCUUGAUCCUGUACAGGAAGAAUAAUCCUGCGCUUGACAUCCGCUUGUCACCGUGGAAACAACUAUAGGGCUGGCCCUUUGAGGGAGUGAAGUGUGUUUGGUCAGAAGGCAAGUGUAGCAAAAUCCGUUUUUGCCACCCUGCCAUUCUGACAAGAAAUAAAUAUGUGCUCUGGUUAGUGAGCUCUUCAUACACCCAUUGUUGCAUCCACGAGAUACUCUCUUGGGAGGGAUUUCAGUGUUCCACUCCUGGCAUUGUGGUUUAGUAGGUCCCACUUGCAAACCCGAUGAGAGAAAUGUCUAAAAACUUGUGAAAAUGGGUAAGUAGCACCUUCCCCUCCAUUAGCAGCAGCUCUGUUAUAAAACUUGUUACGUAGUUUUUUUAAGUCUUUGCAACUUGAACAUAUUUCUCUUGAGGGCAGAGUUAAGUAGUCAACUUCUUAGCAGCAAAGCAAACUAUACAUCUUUAGUUUGGCCAUUAAAACUAGUCUGUGAAGAUCCCAGUGUAUGCAGAAUAACUCUCCCUAACAAUUGUACAUAGUGGCAGCAUGUCACUAACCUCCGCACUCCAGAUUGGCGCAGUCUGCAGCGCCUCCAGAGAAUACAUUCUGCGUGUGCUGUUAGGUCAGCAUGUUCACCUCCAGAGGACAGAUGUCAUGGGACUUCUUUUAGGCUAGCUAUUCUGAUGCAUUGCCUCAAAGAUUUGUGGAGGCAGGAAGGUGCACAGACCUCAGACACUGAGCGUGCCCAUCAGCACCAGGGCAGGAAUUGAAACAGCGUUGCGUGGAGCUACCUCUGGGAUUUCCCAAAGGGCUUGGUGUUGGCCUUCAAGCUUGUCUACAGUGGGAAAGUUAUUGAAAUAGCUGUUCCGGAUUAACUCCCUGUGUGGACAUUUACUGCUGAAUAAGAGUAUCGUUUUCUAAUUUAGUUUAAAACUUAAUCCACCUCCAAAGUGGAUUAUAGCUUUCCAAAUAAGAAAAAGGCACUCGUAUUCUAGAAGAGUAUGUCUGCAUGGGGCCUGAGACAGACGUCGCUAUUCUGGGAGACUUCCGUGUGUAGAGACCCUGACUGCUCCUGGUGACACUAGUGGAAGGCGCUGGCUUCAGUGGAGCAGUUAGGCCAAAGCUGCAUGUGUCUCAAACUCCCACUCUCCAGUAUUAAAGGGCAAGAAAAUUCUCAGCUGGGUUUAGGGCAGAGUACCCCUUCCCCCACUAUGGGAUCAUGGAAAUAAUCCCCUGUUGUCAGUCAAUGCUGUGUCUUGUCCCAGCCUGUCACCUGCAGCACUCAUACUGACAAGCUCUGACCUUACCCUGCCUGCCCCACCUUAGUAGGGCGUUAACAACAUGUACAUGUGACCUUACAGCUAACUUGUUAUCAGAAGCUGGGUUGAGUUUUGAUCUAAAAGACCCAUGCAAUAAAUAACCAACAUACACACACACACACACACCCCUUUCAAAGCAUAUCCAAAAGGGGUCUGGCAGUUUGGGGGAGCCUAACUGAAAUAGAAGCAAGCUGUUUAUAACCUUUUAUCUAGUAGGUUGCAGAUAAGGUACUGCAACUGCAAGGGGACAUCUUAGAGAAAAGGAGACCUACUCUGAUGUCCCCUCUGCUCUGGCAGAGUUAGGCAAAGCGCUCCUGAACUCUGCACUCAGCUGCUCUUGUCUCUUGAGGUUACAAGCUCUCUGCUGCUCUAACACCCGCAGGUUUUUCAUUUGUGGGUUUGGAUUGUGAGGAAUCAAUCCUAUUGAUUCUUUUCAACCCUCUCUCCAUGUUAGUUAUCCUGGGUUAGUUAGGAUUAGUUAGGACCCACCAAAGGCACUUGUACCUGAGCUGGAAACCAGGGCUAUGCUGUCAGAGACUGCCCAGCACCUUGUGUAGAAAUACAGCCCUUUUCCAAAAUCGGAGCCAGAUCUGGUGUUUGGAGAGUGCCUCCUGCAGAGAGAGACGGGGCCCAGUUCCUUGGUGCCCUUGCACUUGUGGUAGCAUGUCGCAGCAGCUUCACGGUGGUGGGAGUGACUGUCUCAAGGCACAGGACAGCAGUGAGCUGGGGCAGAAUGUCUGUAUGCAGGAUAAAUCAGUGGUGGUCUUCCUUACAAGAAAGCUUCACCUGACCACCCAGCAACUUGAUGCUCCUCCAGGGUUAGAAACAAGGGGAAGUUUGAGAAGCCCGUUGUCAAAAGUUACUCUCUGGUUUCCUUUAUUGGAAAAAAAAAAAAAACAAAAACAAGUGCAUUGAGCUAUAGUUUUAUUUGUGGAAGUGUUCAGGAUGGGCUGAAAACCUACAGCUUGCUAGUCUGAUUAUGGGUACAUAGGGUGAUUAGCAACAGUGGUACUAGCUAAUAGCCAUUGGGCCACCAUUCCUGCGCUGGUUAUGCACUUCUGAAAAUGGGGUCCCACAACUUGGUAGCAGAUUUUCAAGAUUACCCAGGAGCUCCCCUGAAGAAGAAUGGAGGCUACCGGGAAACCUGGCCAAACGCGCUCAAACCAGCAUUGUGGAGGGAGCUGCUUUGGUUGCACUUUAAGUGCUUUUGGGGACAUCACUGUGCGUUUGUUUGCGCGUUGCACAGCGCAGUAAUGUUACACUGCAUAGAGCUAAAACAAUGAGGCAUGUAGAGAAAAGAGACACAGUUAAGAGUUUAGUUGAUUUCUCAGGGGUGAAAAUAACCUGAGUUUGAGCUUUUGUUUUGUUUCCCAUGUUUUGGAAAUGCUGUUCCUAAAAGCUGUCCAUGGCUGUACUUUUGUUCGUAUUUCAAUAAAACCUGCUUUUUGGAUUGCUCA